AUGAAUAUAAAAGUUGCGUUUUCGGAUGUCAAAACAAAAUUGAAAAAAUAAAAUCGAACGUUUUCAAGGCGAGGUCUAUUCGUAAUUUAUUGUAAGUUUAUGGAAUUUGGUAUUGCGUCGCAAAGUGUAAAAAAGGUGAAAACAAUGGUGUCAAAUUAAUAAGUUGCUGAGAUAUGGACGAAUUUAAUUUUGCACAGCCUGCUCCUGCAGCAAUUGGGGAGCCUGCUAUAUUAACACGUAAUAUAGUCCUCCAAAAAUAUGUGAUUGCAUUACGCCAUUUUCGUAAUAUAGCUGAAAAGUCAUUCCGUGUACGCCCGCUUUAUUUUGAUAACUAUCUCCUAUGGCAGUACUUUCAACAACGCAGCACAUUGGAAGUUGACGAUGAUUUGAAUAUACGGAACUACUCAAACCUAUCAUCUCUAGCAUUUCUCAAAUUGGAAGUGCUCAGCCAAAUCUUGGAUCGGCGGCGCCAAAUACUAUAUUGGAUUUUUUAUCUUUUGCUUGUUUCGCUGUGCGUUUUUGCUUAUCGACAUCGUAAUGACACAUCGUCGGAUGGUUUAACGUCGGCAGGACAUGAUGUUCAUUCUUUUAUCUAUCCCAGUAUGCGCAUGUGGCGUCGCAUAACACUGCCAUUAAUUCAACGUUUUCCACGACUCACAGAACUCUAUGAUGAGGCGUGUCUAAUGCAGAAUCCAUUUUUCCAAGGUGUCGAUGCCCUUAGCUGCGAUCCUUGUUCAACAGUACAGAGUGUACUCGAUUUGACUUCGGAAACGGAGCGAAGUAUUGAUGUUUACAACGAUAAUCAAGAAGAGAACAGCAGACGCGAUAACUCAAAUCGAGAAAUGCCAAAUGAAUUUGUGCCUUUUGUAUUUAAGAUAAACCAAAAUCCCAUUCAACUGCAGGAUUUCUACAAUCUCUACAUAAGCAAUCAUGCAACAUUUCAUCGCGAUGCGUACCGUGUGCAAUCGACAAAUCGCGAAGUUACAAACCUAGAAGACCUUUUCAAUAAAUACAAUCAUACGGAAAGCAAAGAAAAGUCGACGCAAAUUGUUGAGGCGCAUAAUUUGUGGCGUUGCAACCGUAUGCUACCCGCACGUCUGCUGCGCAAACUUUUCACCAGUCCAACAAUACAUCUGCCGCGUACCGGUAUCGCGCUAGAGCGAUACAUGACCAUCGACACAACACAAGCGCCGACCUACACUUUGCCUGAUACGCAGUGUGCAAAUGUAUUUGUACAACAAGCGCUCGGCACUAGAUACAUCUUCCUGCGCCCGACAAGUGAAUGUCGGCAUCGUUGUCGCACAUUGUCAAUACGCUUACCGCAAUCUUUCGUGCUCAGCUAUAAUUGGCUAUAUUGGAAACCAAUUUCUGCGCCCGAUCCUGUAGCCGAUUCAUUUUCAAUUACAUUAAUUGGGUCUUAUUGUUAAGGUCGGAUAAUAUAUUUUAUUUUACAUAUUUUGUUUACGACUAAACAUCGCAGGACGAAAUCAUCAUCAUUUUUUUAUAUACACACAAAGCAUAUAUACAUAUUAGGAUAAACUCGUACGCAUAUCCUAAUAUUAGUUUACGACGUUUACAGCCGACCAUUCUAUUUUGCGUCAACAUAACUCAUCGCAUAGUAAUAUGAUUAAUAGUGAACAAACCGAACUAAUAUUACUCACGACACAUUUCUCUUCCUAUUAUUUAAUAAUCAUGGCGUAUUUGGUGUAUAACCUAAAAGUUAAAUAACAGAACACCCUUUGCAAUCUAGCAAUUAACCAAAUAUUUCUUUUGAAAUAUUUAAAAUAUAUUAAUGUACCCUUACAUACAACCCCGCAAAAGGCGAAAGACUAUUUUUCUAAAUUAAAAUGUGUGCAAAUGUUUUAAUAAUUCCUUUGAUACUCUGUCAAUAAAAGUUCGAUUUUCUUUGGUGUCGCAUGAAUGUGUUCAAUAAGAUUAAAAAAAUAUGCUCAAUUAAUCUUUAAAGAAUUGUGUGCCAAAAACUUUCAUUUACGUCUCGUCAAGUAUUGCUUUGUGUAUCAUCGAUUAAUUACAACUAAAGUUGUUGAUCUUUAUACCGAGAAUAUGCGAAAUUCAAAAACAAAAAAAAAAGAAAUGCUAGUCAGUACUCUACUUGCAUUUAAUUGAACGAAUUUUAUUUUACAGGUUUUUACGUUUAGGUUCACCUUUCUUUCAGUUCACGUUGACUUUGAAUUGCAUUUAUGUAUACCUGAUAAGUUUCCUUUUACAAAAUUUUGUAUUAAUUUUUUUUAGAUUUAAUUUGUAAUAAAAAAUAAGUUUUGUUUUAUAAUGAAAUCAUCUAUUAAACAAUAAUCAAUUAUUUUUGUAUUGUGUGUCAAAAAAUAGGUUAUUACUUCCUAACUAAAAAUUUCCAUAUAAUGGAGUUAAACUAUUUAUGUAUAUGAUUUUAGUUACCGUUAGACAUGCAUAAGUACAAUAAUCAAAAGAAGCCUAAUAAAAUUCAACAAAAGUACUGUUGGAAA